AUGGAUCCCGUUGUUUUCGACUUAGGGCCCUGCCCCACCGUCGCCGUCACGACCCCUGCGGGCCGCCAGCGCGGCCUCGGGCAAACAAAGGUCAGCAGCUCCUGGCGGGCCGCAACCGCGGCGCCGGCUCCUCGCCCCCAAGCCGAGCGGGCGGGGGGCCCAGGCAGGCGUCAGGGAAGCGAAGCCAAGCCCUGCGGCGCCCGCCGGACCGGUUCAGCUGGGGCGCUCUUCCUGCGGGCGCCCUGCGACCGCAGCUUGCUCACCCCCAGCGGCCACUCCGGGAGCCCCAGGACCCGCACCCACGCCCCCCGGGGCCGCGCAUCUGGCGCAGGGUGCGGUGCGCCCGGGCGCCGGCGGGGGGCGCGCUGGCCGCCGCCCCGCGCGGCUUGGCGGGCGCUGGUGGGGCCGGGCCGCUGUCCGCCGAGGGCCGCGGGAUCGCAGCCCUGCGCCGCGGGACCCGGCAUCGGGGGCCCAGGCCCACCCCGCUCCGCCGUCCCUACCCACUCCCCUCCGCCUUUCCUGCCUGGGCCUGAGGCGGUUUCGGGGAAGGGGGCCUACACGGCGGGACAGUUAGUCAGCCCCCGCGAAACCGGCCACAACAGCCCUGGCGGCGCGCGCUGGCACCUCGGCGCGUCUCUGCCGGUGCUCUACUGCUCGCUGGCGCACGCAGGCAGCGAUCUGGGGCGAGGCUUUGUCCCCGCCUCGGAACAGCGCCCCUUGCAGGCCACCGCCUGCGAGUGCCUGCGAGAGCUAGAGAGCUGCAAGCCCGGGCUGCUGGGGGGCUCCCUGGGGCUGCUACGGGGCCUGCUGGGGCAGGAAGGCCCCGUCCAGCCGCUCAGCCUGCUGCUGGCCCUUGCUUUGCGCAACACCUUGGUGCUCCAGUCCCGGGUUGGGGCUGGCCUAGGGGGACUGCUCACGGAUAAGGUCUCCCCAACUGGGGGUGGUCCCUGGGAUUGGACAUUAGUGGAGGAGGGCGAUGGACGCCUUCAGCCCCAAGCACCCAGCUGGCCGGCAGCUGAGGAGGGAGAGGGGGAGCGUAGUCUUACAGCACGAGAGCACAGCCCUGAGGAGGCGCGGGAGCUGCGGGCUGCGGUGAUCCAGCUUCUGGACACCUCCUAUCUGCUCACUCCUGUGGCCCAGGCCCAGCUCCUGUGGCUGCUGGGCUGGGCCCUGCGGGGUCUGCAGGGACAGCCACCCGCACUCUUCAAGCCGCAGCUGGUACGGCUGCUAGGCACAGCACAGCUGACACUGCUGCACGCCGUGCUUGCCCUCAAGGCGGCCUUUGGUGAGGCCCUGUUCACAGCCCAGGAUGAAGCGCUGCUGCUCCGCCGGCUCACCUUGGCUGCCCAGCACCCUGCUCUGCCUCCGCCCACCCAUCUCUUUUACCUGCACUGCCUCCUGAGCUUCCCUGAGAACUGGCCGCUGGGCCCCGAAGGUGAGGAGGCUGCCCCACUGCUGCUAGGGCCUCAGCUAUGCCGUGGUCUUCUGCCCAGUCUCCUGCAUGACCCAAUGGCUCUCCUAGCCCGCCUGCAUUUGCUAUGCCUGCUCUGUGCUGAGGAUGAAGAAGAGGAGAAAGGCCAGCUUCCAAGCCCACGGCACUACCUGGAAGAGCUGCUGGCUGGCUUGCGGCAGCGGGCAGCCCUGGAUGAGGGCCCCCGGGCCUUGGCCACUGUCUGCUUCCAGGCCUCAUAUCUGGUGACCCGCUGCCUGGCUGGGCAACCUACAGUGCUGACCCCCUUGAUCCACGGACUGGCCCAGCUAUACCGAGUCCGGCCCAUGCUGGCUUCCCACUUUGUGGACUUCUUGGAUCAGGUGGACUCUGAGCUGAGGGAGCCCCUGAAGGUGGUGUUGCGGCAGGAGGUGGUGUCCAGGCCGGGCAGGGAUGAAGCUCUUUGCUGGCACCUGAAAAUGCUGGCAAAGGUGGCAGAUGGAGAUGCCCAGAGUGCUACUCUCAACUUUCUACAGGCCGCAGCUGCCCACUGCAUGAACUGGGACCUACAGCAGGGCCUACUGCGGGUCUGCCGGGCGCUGCUGCGGGCAGGGGUGAGGGGUGGCCUGGUUGACUUGCUGCAGGUGCUGGCCAGGCAGCUGGAGGACCCUGAUGGGCGUGACCAUGCCCGUCUCUACUAUAUCCUCCUGGCACACCUGGCUGGACCCAAGUUGGGGGUGGCCCUGGGCCCCUCGCUUGCCCCACCUGCACUGGCCUCUUCACUUGUGGCCGAGAACCAGGGCUUUGUGGCAGCACUGAUGGUGCAGGAGGCCCCGGCCCUGGUACGGCUGAGCGUGGGGUCCCAUGGGGUCAAGGGCCCACUCCCAGUGCUGAAGCUGCAGCCGGAGGCGCUGGAGCCCAUCUACUGUCUGGAGCUGCGCUUCCGUGUAGAAGGGCAGCUAUAUGCACCCCUGGAGGCUGUCCAUGUGCCCUGCCUGUGUCCUGGUCGCCCUGCCCGCCCUCUGCUCCUGCCGCUGCAGCCCCGAUGCCCGGCCCCCGCACGGCUGGAUGUCCACGCCCUUUACACCACAUCCACUGGUCUCACGUGCCAUGCCCACUUGCCACCCCUGUUCGUCAACUUUGCCGACCUCUUUCUGCCUUUCCCGAAGCCCCCAGGGGGUGCUGGGCUGGGUUUCUUUGAGGAGCUCUGGGAUUCCUGCCUGCCAGAGGGUGCCGAGAGUCGUGUGUGGUGUCCACUUGGGCCACAGGGCCUGGAGGGCUUGGUGUCCCACCACCUGGAGCCUUUCGUGGUGGUGGCCCAGCCCCCUACCAGCUACUAUGUAGCGAUCCACCUGCCCCCGAACUCAAAGCUGCUGCUGCGGCUAGAGGCGGCCCUGGCAGACGGAGUGCCUGUGGCCCUGCGGACUGAUGACUGGGCUGUGCUGCCCCUGGUGGGGGACUACCUCCGUGGGCUGGCGGCUGCUCUCUGAGCCCUGGGAGACCAGGUGGGGGCAGGACUGUGGCCCUUGUGGGGGCCAAGGCACACUCCUGUAGCUCUUUCCCCAAAACCCUGCAUUCCCCAGUGCCCUCGCUGGCUUGUUUUCUUUUGGGCCCCGGUUGGGAGCAGGCUCAUGGGGGUGAGAGUUUGUCUUAGUCUGUUUUUGCUGCUUUAGCAAGAUACCUGAGACUGGGUAAGUUAUAAUAAACAGGAAUGUAUUGGCUCAGAGCUCUGGAGGCUGGGAAGUCCACAGUUGAGGGCCCGGAGCCCAGUGAGGACCCUUCUGCAUCAUCCCAUGACACUGGACAGAAUGGCAGGAGUGAGGGGAGAGCGAACCCACUCCCAAGAUAACAGCCUGAGUUCACACAGGAGGGCAGAGUCCUCGUGGCCUGACCACCUCUUAGGGUCUAAUCUUACACUGUUACAGUGGCAAUUACAUUUCAACAUGAGUGUGGGAGGGGACAAACAUUCAAACCGUAGCAGGGUCCUAGGCCCUGAGAAGGCUUCCAGACAGAACCCAGCACUGCAGAGCUGCAGAGUGCCUUCUCACCCAGACGCACUAGCGUUCUCCACAAUCCCUGCCCAGGAGGCAGGGGGAAAAUCUCCUUUCUGCUUCCCAGAGAGGGUCUGGCCUUGCCCAAGGCCGCCCAGUGAUUUAGGAAGGAGGCUGGAGCUAGUGUGGACCUCCUGACCUAUCAGACAGUACUUUUCUUUCUUUGUUUUUAGGGGAGGUUAAAGACAGGAUCUCACUCUGGCUCUGGAGUGCAGUGGUGCGAUUAGGGAUCAUUGCAGCCUCUGCCUCCCAGGCUCAGGUGAUCCUCCCAUCUCAGCUGGCCUCCUUAGUACCUGGGACUACAGGUGUGAGUCACCACUGUAUUGUUUGCAGACCGGAUCUCCCCGUUUCCUAGGCUGGUCUCGAACUCCUGGGCUUAAGCGACUCUCCUGCCUCAGCCUCACCCAAGUGUUGGGAUUACUGGUGUGAGCCACCACACCCGGCCAAGCCAGCGCUUCUCCACUCCCAAGGUUUGCAGGCUCCCUGCCCCAGGGAGCUCACGCCAGGCAGGCCAGUGGACCUAAGCCAGAAACAGAAAGGCUGCAGUGGCUAGGUGAUUUCUUCCCCAGGAAGAGAGCUUCCCAAGCUAUGCCGAUUAGAGCCAGCUCUAGGAAGGGCCUGCUGAUAAGGUCUAAGAGCUGAGACUAAGCUUUUUCUAAUCUCAGCCCCUAAGAAAUCUAAUUUGUGCUCAGGAAUCUUCCCAGGUAAGAAGAACUAGUUCCUCUAGUUGUUUUUUUUCCCCAAACAUGCAAACACUGAGGAUUGAGCUGUGUGGGGUCAGCUCUGCUGCCAGGC